AUGAUGCUAGUCAAGGUCCCGAUGGGCAAACCAGUAUCUCCACACGGUUUUGUGUCGUAUGCAUCUGAUGGUACGCCGACGUAUCUACCUUUGAGAUCAGUCUCUGCAAAGGUAUACAUUGUAGAUGUCUCUGCCCGGGUCGUCCUCACCCAAAUUUACCAUAAUUCAGAUUCCAACAACAACCAAUGCGCUUCGGCACAAUAUAUUUUUCCUGUCCCCGCCAAUGGUGCUGUAUGUGCGUUUACCAUGCAGACCGCAGACGGUCGCAUGGUGCGAGGGGUCGUGAAGGAGAGAGAGCAAGCAGAAAAGGAGUACAAGUUUGCGAUAGCGCAUAACACUUUUGCAGGGCUGGUUUAUGAAGCCACACCCGACAUUUUCGUUAUCACGAUGGGCGCCAUACCUGGCGGCCAGGAUGUCCAAGUCACCAUAAUGUACAUAACCCCUCUCGCCGACUCUGACCUACCGGGGUACGAUCAAAUUGAAUUUACCCUCCCUACAUACAUCGGGAUACGAUAUGGCCCUCCUCCUGCCUCUCUCCCCCGCAUUCAUUCGUCGUCUCAACGCCUCGCAUCCCAUUCAUCGCAUUCGCACUCGGAAAAGACAAUGCUGGACAUUGCGGUUCACAUACAAAUGCCUAGCGAAAUACUCGAAAUCGUAUCGUGCACACACGAUAUCAAAGUCGACGCCCACACCACUCGCACAGAUUCGCGAUUUGGACUGUCAACUUCAUACACAGCGACAGUGACACUCGAUGCAUCCGGUUCCCCACCUCGUCUCAACCGUGACUUUGUCCUUGCCAUUCGUGCAGCACAGCUCGGGAGUCCGCGCUGCGUUGCAGAAGUUGUCAAAGCCCCAUAUUCCGUGCACAAGGCCAAGAGUGCAAGCAGUGUUGCUUUCGCGUUGACAUUCGUCCCGCGGCUCAAGCUCCGUGCCUCUGUAUCCUCGUCCACAUUAUCGUCCAAACUUCCCCACGUGCAACGGCAGCACGAAUACAUCUUCCUGAUUGACCGGUCAGGAAGCAUGGCCCACUCACGGAUAGAGCUCGCCAAAGAAGCCUUGACGCUCUUCGUAAAGAGUUUGCCUUCCACUGUCGACGGAGCAGGUGUGCGGACCACGUUCAACGUGUUUGGGUUUGGGAGUACGUGCGUCAGAUUGUGGAAUACGAGUAGGGUGUAUGAUGAGGCCAACGUGCGGGCUGCGCUUGACCAUGUGAAGUCCAUUGACGCCAACCUCGGCGGCACCGAGAUCUUACACGCCCUCCGCUGCGUCCUACAAGCAUGCAACAGCGCCAUCCCUACAUCCAUAUUCGUGCUCACAGACGGGGAGGUGUACGACGUUGAAGCGAUUUUCGCUCUCGUCUCUUCUGCCGUCGCCCAAUCAACUCCUACCUCUCAAAACAUCUCUGCAUUAUCUCCCUCACCCGCUCCCCUUCGGUUUUUCACGCUUGGUAUCGGCGACUCUGCAUCAACAGCACUCUGCGAGGGCAUCGCACGUGCGGGCGGGGGAGUCUGCCUAAUGAGCAGGAAAGAAGCUGAUGUCUCCGCAAAGUGCGGGCGUUUAUUGACCGCUGCUGAGAGUGCCGCUCUGGGUGUGUUUAGUGGUGGAAAUGGCGGAGUUGGGCUUGAUUUAGGCACGGGAUCUCCAUCGAAUAGUGGCGGUCCAAAGGGACAAUCUGGCGGUACAGCCAACUGUGCAGGCGAAAUCGAGAUCGACUGGGGUCAUGGUCGUGGGAAACUUCUUCAAGCGCCCACGCGCAUUUCCGCGCUCCACCCCGAGAAUAGAUUUACUGCCUUUGCCAUCUUAGAGGACGUGGAUGUGGAUGCAGACGGUAUUCCAGACGAAGUGGUGCUAUACCAGAGGGGCAAGGACGGAAAGCAGAGUGAAGUUGGGAGGGUGAACGUUUGUUUGGUCGAGGAUCCAAUGCACACUUUGAGCAAGGGAUAUGAAUAUGGAACAAGAGGCGCAAAUAAAAAUACGCCCCCGCUUAUCCAUACGAUGGCUGCACAUCGUAUCAUUCAGCAGCUUGAAGAUGGGAACAUUGACACAUUACAUGCCGUGCGUGGACAGACUACGAAUGGCAUACAUUCAUCUAGGGGCACUGAUGAGAGGGAAAGAAGAGCGGAGGUUGUGCGAUUGAGUGAAAGGUUCCAGGUUGCAAGUAGGUGGGCAUCAUUUGUUGCUGUUGAGGACACUCUACAUGGGGAUGGCGAUGGUAAUCUGGGUGUGGAUAACAAAAAUAAUACUGGCAAAGUAGUUGCCAACGAAGAUGACAACGCUGACGACGACGACGACGACGACGAUUUUUACCUCGACGAGGAAGAAGAGGCUCAUGCUCACGCAAGUAAGAGCCGAACUGUCAAGCUUACUUCCACCGCCAACGUCAGUUCUACUGUUCAGCCCAAUUCCAACGGCAACAUACACGCCAAACAACACACUAACCCUAUUGAACACUCUGGUGCCAACCCCAACGCAACAGCAGACACACCAGACCCGUCCUCAAUUGGAGGGUUAUACCCCAAGACAGAUCGGCCUACCCGAGGGGAUUUGAACGUGAAGAUUUCUGGAGCCCGGUCUGGGGGUAACCCUCCUCGGAUGACCGACACAUCUACGUAUGCGCCGUAUGCGCAGACACGUCCUCACAAUACCAACAACAUGUUCAACGCCGUUGCUAAUCAUUCCACAAUUCCUGCUUCUACCUCAUGUCCGGUACCAGUUUCUUCAACAUCGGUUUCUCCGGGCACCCCCAAACCUUUGGCUGGGAGUGGAAGAGGCAGGGCAUCUACGGCUUGGAACUAUCCACCUUGGCCAGACGUAGACAACACCGAGCAAGUGAACGGUGGUCAGAUAUAUGUGAAUUCCAACGCAAAUGUGUCUGCUCAGUCACGCGGGUUUCCAUCUACUACGGCGAUCAAUUAUGGUGCGGGGUUGAAUGGCGAGGGUGCACCCUCUACAAAUUCGGGUGCUAUGGGCAGGCCUUUGGGACUGAGGAGGUCGCAUACGAGAAUCACAUCGGCGUCGGCGCUGCCGCGUCAUGACGUUCUUCCUGCCAGUUCGACGAUGAACACCACUGCAAAGGUGUCUAGUUCUACAGACACUAGAGGGACAAUGCAAAUUCCGUCUCAUUUCGUCAAUGCAUUCAGACCUCCUGGACCGCCAACUGGCUCGGCACCCCCGGCAACCUCAAAUCCCUGCGCGGGUCAGAACUCUGUUAGUAAUACGGCGGGGCAGAUGCAUGCGAAAGGCAGCAUUUACUUCUUGGAUACCAUCUCAACUAUCGACGAGGACAAUCGCGGGUUCGCUAAGAAUGAUGCAGAAGUUUCAUCUACGCAGACGUCAGUGGGACAUGUUGAUGGCCCAAGGGAUGUGCCGCAGAACACCGUCCUGCCGCCCGUGGACAUGCAUUACAAAGUUGUUCAAUCAGCAGCUCCGCCUCCAGUUGGGCGGGACGCAUGUUUGGAUAAUGCCCAUGCGGCGGCGGCUGGAUGUCAUGUCCAUAUGAGGAUGCCUGGUGCUUAUCCCUAUAGUCAUGGUCAUGUUGAACCCCAAUCCACCUGUCCUCCUCCUCCUCCUCCUCCUCCCAUACAUAAUCCAACACCCGCACCUGCUCCUAUUCCGCAACCCAGUCAUCUUGAUGCUCCGAGGCACUCUUCGGUGCCAGUACGGGGCGGAAGACUGGGAGCUCGUCCCCAAUCGGUGAUGUACGAGCUUGAGACGGCUGUAUGUAUCCCCAGUUUCCUUGACUCCGUGUCGGGUACAGCCGUGCUUGGGACUGUGGACAAGGAAGACGAAGAAAGGGACAAUGAGGAUGCGCCGCUCCUGUUUGUUCCAACUUUUGCAUCCAAGACUGGGGUAUACAGAGCUUCAAACACAAAGCAGGGCGAUAAUGAGGAUGAGUCGGGGACCGCCCGCGCCCCAAUCAUCGCCGCAGCAAACAUGCAGCGGUUUGACGGAUCGUUUGUACUCGAUGCGCAGUUACAUGUACUGAUGGGCAACUCUAGGAGGAACGUGUCACUGGAGAGGCUAAGAGAGGCCAUUCCUGCCCGGCUCAAGGAACGCGUCGGUGCGAAUGUGCAUGAGGCAGAGACUGUCUGGGCAACGGUGCUUGUUGCUGCAUAUUUGAAGAAAUCGCUCCCACAGGAAAAGGAGGUGUGGAUUGGACUGUGGGAUAAGGCGGCGGCGUAUGUGGAGGGGAAAGUUGGGAGGACAGCUAGUCAGGGUCUUGAAGGUCUGUCGUUUGCGCGGUUGGUAUUGGAGGCAUCGAGGUUGGUUCUGGCCUGGGUUGCUGUGAGGAUGACCUCACGAUUCCGUCUCUCCUAUGUCAACCUCGUCAUUGACCCCGACGAUUCUGUUUUCUCAAAUACAUUGUAA